AUGCCACCAACUGAAGAUAUCACAUCGACAAUUGGCUAUUCAAUGGCGUUAAUGGUUUGCUCUUCUCUUUUGGCUGAGGUUGGUGCAGCUCUAUAUGGACUGAUAGUUGGCUACAAUCUUCAACAGAAGGAAGUGCAUCGUGCAGUUAGCUCAGUUAUGUGGACUGUUGGAGUGUUAGCGGUUGUGCUAGCCGUCCUGGGAAUUGCUUCACCAGUUUGGCUAAAGCUUAAAGCUGAUAAUCAAACGUUUGGUCUAUGGCAAUGGUGUGUUACGAUACUUGACGCGCCACGAAAAUGUCUGAGUUUAACGGGAAAUGAAUUUGUCGAACAAUUUAAAAAGGCAAUUGAAUAUCGUGUAGCACAAGCGUUGGCCAUUGUUGGAGCGGUUGUACUAGCUAUCUCCGUGCUCCUCUCACUUCUGACGACAUGCAUAUUGAAACAAAAUGUCAUUGUAAAAGUCGUUGUCCUUGCACUCUACAUUCUCGCUGGUGUACUUCUACUUGCUACAAUCAUUGACUAUUUUGCAACGAUGUUGAAAGUAACUGAAGAUUACAAGGUCAACUUCUCAGUGGCAAUGAUGACAUUUUCCGCGGUAGCAACAGGAGUAGCUGCAGUGUUCGAAGCAGUGUUGUUAGGAGAUUUAAUGGCCGCUAGUGGAUGUUUUGCUUGA